CGCUCGCCUUUCUGCCGCCAACUUUGCGCGCGUCCCGGUAGCAGCGAGAUUGCGACUUUCUGGCACAACCUGAUCUUCCACCUUUCUCCCUCUUCUUUCUCUCUCUCCCUUCCCUUUACCCCGUCCAGUUGGUUCACUUCACCGGGCCCCCCUUCCACUUUACUUUGUUUUCGUCUUCUCCUUCUCCCACCCUCUCUUUGGACCCCUUGUUUACCCCGUCCUCUCUCUUCCAGAAACCUUAGUUUUAUAUUAGUUGUGCAGUACUAUCCUUCUUACUUGCACCGACCUUACUUACCUGACUGCCUACUACCUACCUUGGCUAGGUACGAACACCUUGGCCGCAUCACAUUCUUCGUUACAUCUUUAAUUCCUAGCGCUCUGUUGGCCCUUGCCGGUCGAGCCGUAAUUACCUCCCUAUCCAUCAUUCAUCUUACCUGGGGCUGCCUAUCGACGCGUCCGCCAACCUCACCUGCAGCAUCCAGCUCCAUCUAUCCGUACAGUACCUAUCAAGCUAUCCGUACCACCACCACAACUUCGCCCACGCCCCCCACCCCCCUUCUGCGCCGACCAGUUCAGGCGUUGGGCAGAUCAGAGUCAGACUACAGAUACACUAAACCGGUCCUCCCCCGAGCCUCCACCGGCGACAAGAACACCCUCGUCAAGCCUAACCAUUACACGUCGCCCGUGGCGCUCAAGCACUACAGCCUGCAGACUGUCUCCCACUUUCUUCUGCCAGUCGCAUCCCCGAUAGAGAAAACGGGCCAGAAUUUCCCUGCCCAUCUCACACUCCUAGUCGCCAAACAAGAAGGGCCAGGAUAGGACACACAACCAGGGACACACGAGCACAUCCGGCCCUCUUCUUUUUCUCUCCGGGAUAUUUGUGCCCAUGUGCGGCUCGCCCAUGCCCCUUGCUGGCCUGCUUUACAUGUCGCCACUGCCGCUGCCGCUGUCGCUACUGUAGCUGUCGCCGUCGCCGUUGCUGCUCUCGUCAGCCUCACCCCUGAAAACCGCAAUCGCCAUCGCUGCCGCGUUUUAGCGACGACGAAAUAGGCCCCCCCUCCUCAGGACCACUUUUGGUUCCUCUGUUCCAGAAUCCACCCGGAUUUCGCUCUGUGGUCCCUGGACAGCAGCUCAGUCAGUUGGCUUCAGCUCUCAGCUUCCAAGUUCCGUCUUGCGCGCGUCUGCGCAUCACCUCAUCUACGCCCGCCGACGACAAACCCCCCCCCCGAAACGUGGCCGACGACCAGAACACCGAAAAGUCCCCCAACUUGCGCUUUCUGUAGCCCGCCAAGCCGACAGGGAGGAUGUCGCUCAAUGGCCUGGACGACCCAAAGGUCAAGGAGGCCCAUGAAGCUGCCGUUGCCGAACCAGGAGGAUGGUUUCUCCUCAAGUAUGCGAGUCGCGAUGAUGUCGAACUGCUAGGUCGCGGAACUGGUGGCAUCGUCGAGAUACGGAACAACAUCGCCCAGUUCGAGAACGAGAACGACGAUAACGCGCCCUUGUUUGGCUUCCUAAAAUACCGUCGCCGGAACGUAAUCAUCAAAUAUCUCCCCGACGAUUGCUCUCGACUAGUUCAAGCUCGUGUAACUGUCCAUUUCAAUGCCGUGUGCGAGCGAUUCGCCCCCUACAACACCGACUUUUCCAUAGCCACUGCCAAGGAUCUCAAGGAUACCAAGUUGUCGGCUGCUUGCUCCCUACACGCCGCCUCCGGCUCGACCUCGUCCUCGACAAGCUCCUUGCGAAGGAGGCGGCUGAUGGAAAUUGCAGAAGAAGAAGAGGAGGAACAGAGAGCGAGCAAGCGGAAGUCUGUCGGCCCGGACAGCUUGGUUGAGACUUCGGGCGAAGACCCGGCCGACGCGCCGAAAUCGCCCAUCGAAGGGCCGCCCGUGACGUUGAAUGCUGACCUUGCAAACUCGCCCGAGGAGAGCAAGUUUUCUGCGUCUCUGGAGCCUCCCGAGUUCGUCGGUGCCAGACCGUCGUCGCCCACAAAGUCCGUUGACGAGGGACGGCGCAUGUCAUCGCAGUCCCUGCGACCCGAGCUAUACUCCUCGUCGUCUUAUACAUACGGCAAGCCGAGAGUCAAACUCGCCCCACGACCCUCUCUCGACGUUUCUGGCCGUGCUCGCACAGGAACCGCUGCGGUGGGGGCUGCUUUCCGACCAAUUUCACAGAUGCCGUCUGGCUUCAAGCUAUUUUCCAAGGGUCCCAAAAAGGGCAAGUCCAAGGAAAAUACUCUGGAUCCUUCCGAACCAGCCCACCCGGACGAAACAACCGAAAUCUCCUUGGCCGCCACUUUAACACCCCUACCCGACGGGGAUCCCAUUUCCCACAUUGAUGAACUCGUUAGGCCACACACGAGCUCCGGGCGACCCACAACGAGCUCAGGCGCUUCAAUUAAAUCCGCCAUGCCGUCCUUCACCACCGCCCCCUCUGCGAAGCAGGUCAUGACGCCCGAAAAGGCGCGUCUGAUGAAGGCGAUGCAACUAAGGGAGAAAAAGAAGAAGAUGAUGAACCAGCAGUCCGCCACUACCCCAGCCGUCGACGCCCCUGCCGAGCAGCUCAUGUCGGAAAAGGCCCAGCCCGCCCAACACGUCGAGGAGAUUGCCGAGCACACCCUUGUUGCCGAAGCGGAUGACGGAGAGGAGGAGGAGGAGGAGGACGACGACGACGAAGACGACGACAGACGACUCUCGGUAUCAAAAGCCGACUCUGGCAUCGUUGUCGACGCAUCCUCCGUUUCAGUCCACACCGACGUCGCCUCCGAGUUUACUCAGAGCGACUCCCAUCCCGCCUCGCCCAUCAUGGCAUCUUCCGAGCCUGACCAUUCGACCAAGGCGUCGUCGCUAUCCGAGUCUACUGAAGAAACGGUAAAGGAGUCCAACGAGGACAACACCGAUGCCGAGGUUGAUACACACGAGACACAUGACGCGGUCGAGCCAGCGACAGAGUCUGGGAUCGCCCCUGACCAAGCUGCAAAGCCAACUUCCCCCGUUGAGGCUGUUGCCCCUACGUCAGCAGAGCCUGAGGCCGUUGAUGGCGAAACACAAGAAGAGGGCGAGUCACUGGCUGAGGGUUUGGCCCCCGCCGCAGUCGACGAUGUCCCCGUUGUCCAUUUCGAUGCUACUCCCGAGGCAGUCACCGCCCCCGGAAUGAGCGAGACACAAGACACAUCCACUGUCGAGAAAGAGGCAACCCUCGAGGUCGCCGAGCCUAUGGAACAACAACAGAAUGAGACUGAGAAGGUAGCAGUCAUGGAUGAGCAACAAAAACCGCCCAUAAGCUUACCAAUCUCCAAGUUUUCCACGAGCCCAACACAAGCGAAGCCGUCCAUCGAAUCGAAAGAAACACAAGACCAGACGUCGAAGCAGGAUAUUAAAGCGGAGACCGCCGUGUCCACAACUUCGGAGGCAUCGCCAAGAUCGCCUCUGUCACCGUUGUCGCCGUGUUCCCCUAGCCUAAGAGUUCCCCGGUCCAAGUUCUCGACCCAGGAUCUCAGAGCAGCUGCAAACGUUGAGGUGCCCACGAUCGUCUCUCCCCCAGUGGAUGUACCACGCGAGCCAGUGGUCGUUGCGGUCGAUGAGCCCCGCGAUGCUGAUGCCCAUUCGGUGGAUACGGAGCCUUCGAAGCGAAAGGCGCUUGUCGAACCCAUUCGCACCGACCUGGACCCCCCGAAAAAGGCGGCAGAUGGCAAUAUCUCCGAUGACGAGGACUUGAUGGACGAGCUUCACUCGGCUACCGUCGAGCAAGCGCAGCAUAUUACGGUUUCUAAAUCGCCCAUCACGCCAGUCUUCCCCAGCCCCACGCAAAGCGCCAGCAGGCCGACUUCGCGCGGCGCUGUCCGCACCAUCUCGAACCCUGUUCGUGGGAACCUCCUUACUCCUGCCGACGUGGCUCAGGCCCAGAACCAGAGAUCAGUCUCGUCCGGUGCCGCCUUCUUGCACAGAAUCACACAGCAACAAGGCAAUCAACACCUGGCUCCCAAACAGCCUGGCAAGAUCGGAUCUAGUAUUUCUCAGCGUAUCAAGGCUUUGGAGAAGCUGUCUGCACACGCACCUGGAACCGUCGACGCGGACACGAGCAGCUUGAAGGCCCCGAGACCGUCUUCAGCGUUCUUCGCUGUCAAGAGGGGAGCUAGCGUGAGGGAGCCUCCUCGCUCCCCUUCCGUCGUUGACAGAGCAAGUUCACUCACCCGGGGCGGCAGCCCCGUGCCCUCAGUCAUGACGGAGUCCCAGGAAUCUUCUCCAGAGGCGGCCAGAGCGAACCGCGGCAGAUCAGGGUCCAUGGCGAACAGGCUGUCGAUGUUCGAGGUGUCUGGCAGCAACCCGCCCAGAGGGCAGCCCGAGUCCAUCUCCGUCACAGCGCGGAUCGUCCGCGAUCCUAGCCAGUCUGGCAGGGCACCCGAGCCGCCGAAGAACCCCUCCGAGUUUGAACGGCUUGACCUCAAGGUGUCACCGUUGGUCGUCGAUCACCAGAAGGCCGAGCCUCUGCUGCCACCAGCCAACCUGACGACAGUGAAGCCCUCCAAGGAGACGAUCCAAGAGAGGAGGCUGUCCAAAGAGAAGCGUCGCUCGCAGUCCGUGGACCCCAUAACCGAUGGAGAUGAAGCGCCUCGCCGCUCAUCCCUCAGCAUCAUGAAAGACUUCAUCAAGGACAGGCGCAAGUCUCUCACUUCCCCCUCUGCGGAGGCUCUGACGGCCCCUUUGCCCAUGUCGCCCGGCUCGUCCAAGUCGCCCUCGAGACCCCCCUCGACACACCACAACUCCUCCGGCCUCGGCCGUCGGCUGUCCAUCAGCAGCCGUCGGUCGUCGUUCAGCAAGGACAACGAUGCGAGCGGUGCCAUGUCCCCAUCGUUGUUCACCGAGGGCAGCGGGUCUGGAGACGACAGCAAGUCUACGACCAGUGACAAGAAAAAGGGCCGGGCAGGCCGCUUCAUGCGCCGCCUCUCCUCGUCUCUCAGCAGCGGGGCCCGUAGUAAGACCAUGACCCCUACCGCCAUCUCCCCGACGGUCCAGGAAGAGGAUGCCUCAGAAGUCGCUCGGCUCCAGCAGCCCACCAUUGAGGCGUUUAUGGGAGAUGUCAACGUCCAGUUUCCAGACAACCUCCUUUGGAAGCGCCGCAGUAUGUGCAUGGACUCUCAGGGGUUCCUGAUUCUCAGCACAGUCGCCGCGUCGACCACUACCAAGGACAAACAGCCAACCGGCGCCGGAGUCAAGCGAUACCAUCUUUCCGACUUCCGUAUGCCAUACAUUCCCGACAUGGAGAUCCAAGAACUGCCCAACAGCAUCUGCCUUGACUUUGUCGAGGGCUCGGGCUUGCAGGUUGCGUGCGAAGAUCGCGCCGGACAGAUGAAUGUAUUGCACAUCCUUCAAGACGCGCAUCAGAGCCACAACUCUUUCGGCCAGUAAAACUUUGAACCAGGCCGUUUCCUUGGGAUCACAUUAUGCCCAGACCCUCCUCCCCUUUCUAUUAUACCCAAACUUUUUAGCCCUUGCCAAAACACCAAAACCAACCGGCAGAUCUGCCUUUUCUUUUUGUCAACAGGCCCUCUGGCCAUCGUUCCCUAGCCCGUUUGCAGGCUACCUGAAGUGGAUCAUGGCUGCUACAUUUCACAACCCUAUCAUACGUCACACCUGAGCAACAUCAGAAGCACCUGAGCCGUUGCUCAUUACCCGUUGCUCACCUACCUACCUUCCCCUCCACCAGCACAAACACGCCUUCUAUUAACAGGCAAUAAUUCGCAUGGCCCGACGCCUAUCACACGCAUUCUUGUGUUUUCCUUAUUUUUGCACUUCAUUUCAGUCAGGAAAAGAUACCACCUUUGCAUGGGGGGCAGUUUAGGUUCGAGAAGAGUUGGGGGACAGGGACGGCUGAGGAACCGGCGGAAGUCUGAAGAGAUUUCUCCAAUGCCCAGCCGGUAUCUUCCUCGUGAAAAUGUUUCUUUCCAGACGAGGACGAAUAAAGUAGUAGAUGGUAAUCGUCUACCUUGUUGUCCACGGCGACGGAAACCCCGGCUUUGAGUCGGGUUGGCGAGUUCGAUACCGCCUAUGUAGGAGAAGUUUUUGAAUGUACAUACUACCUUUCCGCCAUCUCGACGGGAUAGCAGUGGGAGGGUACACUCUAGUUCUAGUUCUAAGGACUUUUGGUUCCCUCUGCUGAGGCGUCGAAUGAGAUGUUCAUAUCUGCCUUGACAAGUUUUGGCUCUUCCUUGGUUUCUCUUUGUGAUGUUGUGCGAUGGGAGGGAACAGUUUUGUGAAGGUUCGUCCUAGGUGAGCAUCCCCACGUCUUCUCUGUGACGAUGGACCAUAGCUAACGACUUAUCUGAACCGUGUGGGAUGACUUGAAAUAGGUCGGGGAAGUCUUAUUGUCAUGGCAUGACGAAAUGAAGAAUCAAGGUGGGCCAGCUGGAGAAUCCUUUUUAUAUUAUUUUAUUCUUUUUGGUGUUUGUCUUCACGACCAAACCACCCAGCUAGACUCCUUCCUUCCUGCUGAAGAGUAUCGUAUCGGAUCCACGGUCAUAUCGGGAUCUCUGUCUUUUGCUAUCAUUCAUCUUCUGGGGGCGGUGUCGGCGAGACCAAAACGUAUCCUUUCGCGCCGCCCGGAUCCCCCUCCCGCCUCCGAGCAAGUACGCACAGCCAAAGCAAAAUGGUAUGGCUCGCUUUUCUGUUCUCUAUCUGUCCGCCUUUCCUGGCACCUCCCAUUGUCGUCCGUCGUCUCGUUCCCUCGUACCCCUUUUGUAAGUCGGAUUGACUUUCUUGCCCCCUUGGAACCCGGC